AUGCUCAGAAAGCUGCACUCCCUCUUUAACCCCGGCCCGCAGAGGAAGGCAGAGGUGGCCGAGAGUGCCUUCUACGACCGAGCCGGCCCCGCGGUGAGGCUGACCCUCAGCAGCUCCAUGUACGUGGUGGGGGACCACGGGGAGUCGUUCAGCGAGUCCUUAAAGAAAUACAAAAGCACCGGCAGCAUGGACACCAGCCUGUACUACCUGCAGCAGGAAGGGGACCGGGCGUGGAUGUACUCCCGCACCCAGGACUGUUUGCAGUACCUGCAGGAUCUGCUGGCCUUGCGGAAGAAGUACCUCUGCAGCCUCCAGGACCUGAAGCCACACGGUGCCCAGGGCGUCUCCUCUACCUCCUCCAAGUCUUCCAAGAGGGUGGAAAAGGCCCCUGGCCAGGCCACCUCCCAAGAAAGAAAGAAAGCAACCGCAAAGAAAUACUCCCAGUUCAGCGCGGAUGUGGCGGAGGCCAUGGCCUUCUUUGAUUCCAUCAUUGCAGAGCUGGAUACAGAGAAGCGGCCGCGGGCUGCCGAGGCGGACCCUCCCAAUGAGGAUGUGGACUUUGACGUGGCCACCAGCUCCCGGGAGCACAGCUUGCAUUCCAACUGGAUCCUGCGGGCACCACGCCGGCACUCUGAGGACAUUGCUGGGCACACCGUGCACGUGACAGAUAGCCAGUUUCGAAGGAGCGUGGAGCGCAGGACCUUCGGCACUCAGAGGAGGCUCGAGAGGCACCCCAUUUACUUGCCCAAGGCUGUGGAAGGGGCAUUCAACACCUUGAAAUUUAAGCCCAAAGCCUGCAAAAAAGACCUGGGGAGCCCCAGACAGAUCCUCCUCAACUUCUCAGGAGAAGACGCGGAAUGGGAUGCGGAGCUCUUUGGCCUGGAGUCCCUGGUGUCUCCGGGGGAGGACUACCACGAGACAGAGAACCCCAAAGGGCAGUGGCUGCUUCGAGAGAAGCUGUGGGAGCGGACAGUGCCCUGA